CCCCCCCCCCUCCAGUCGUUCCAGGUAUGGCAGCUCCACUGGGAGGGAUGUUCUCGGGACAGCCCCCCGGGCCCCCGCCACCCCCACCGGGCCUCCCGGGCCAGGCCUCGCUUCUUCAAGCAGCGCCGGGAGCUCCGAGAAGUUCUAACACGACGUUGGUGGACGAGUUGCAGUCAUCAUUCGAGGCCUGCUUUGCCUCUCUUGUGAGUCAGGACUAUGUCAAUGGAACUGAUCAGGAAGAAAUUCGAACUGGUGUUGAUCAGUGUAUCCAAAAGUUUCUGGAUAUUGCAAGACAAACAGAAUGCUUUUUCUUACAAAAAAGAUUGCAGUUAUCUGUCCAGAAACCAGAGCAAGUUAUCAAAGAGGAUGUCUCAGAACUAAGGAAUGAAUUGCAGCGGAAAGAUACACUGGUCCAGAAGCACCUGACGAAGCUGCGGCAUUGGCAGCAGGUGCUGGAGGACAUCAACCUGCAGCACAAAAAGCCAGCGGACAUCCCUCAGGGCUCCCUGGCCUACCUGGAGCAGGCCUCCGCCAAUAUCCCUGCUCCUCUAAAGCAGACUUAAUGGCUCUGUAUGGACAGUUUCACCAAACAUCCCUCUUGUGGACCCGGAUUUUGGAAGAUUGCUUUGCUGGAGAAUAAGAUGAUGUCAGUUUUAUGUUCCCAUAGAAUUUCCCCCAUAAUUUCAUGAGCUAUUAGUCUGUGUCUCUGUCUGUCUGUUUCUCUCUCUGGUGAGAGAGUGUAUAGCCUACUGGUCUCAAACUCUCAAUCCCUUUGUCUCAGACAGUACUCAGUUUGAUUUCUUUAUAAAAUGCUUAUGGUUUUGAUAAACAAAGG